AUGGCCGCCCUCGCAGCAAUCUACAACCCUCUCGCUCCCAAGGACAGAGCCGUCAACCUCUUCUUUAACACUGGCAAUGCUCAAGUUGCGUUGACCUUGAAGACUGGCACUGAUGGCAGUGACGAGAAUGAUGUCUACGUCUGCGGCGACGACGACUACCCUGGCUACAUCCUCAACCCCUCUGAGAUCUCUGGUGGUAGCUUCCGUGGCGUCCACCAUGUUAUCGCAACCACGGUUCCCCUGGUUGAAAAGGGCACCUCUGUGACCAAGAACCAGAUUUCUCUCGUCUCCCCCGUGUACAAGAAGCUGAACACUACUUCCCUGUCCAACAAAAACACUUCGUUCGCUUCGUCUGAGAAGGGCGCCUGGGCAUACUUCUUGGAUGGCUCCGCCAACUACCAAACGCAGCUCAAGGAAUACAACUUCCUGACACAGCACACCGCGACUUACCUCAAGAACGCCGACAUCAAGCUCAACAGCUCACUCGCGGCCUAUGUCAACCCCAAGAACAACCACCGUUACAUCAUUUACCAGGAGGUGAACCAGGGCCACCUCAAGGAGUACGACAUUAACAGCAACCAGAGCUUCGACAUUGAUGCCUCUCAGGGCACUCUCGAUGGAACUACCAUUGCCGUCACGUACAACAACAACAAGGUCUAUAUCUACUACGUCGAUGCAGGAUCCAACAUUCGACGAAUCAUCAAGACUGGUGUUGAUGGAGAGGCGUCCUGGUCGGCCAGCUCGCGAAUCGACGAUGCUACCAAGAUUAGCGUUCCCGGCCAGCUGACCGUCACUACCGCCAACGGCUUCAACCAUCUCUUCUACGUGUCUGUUGACAACUCUCUUGCCGACAAUGACUUCAACCACGUGACCGAUCCGCUCCAGGACUAA